GGCCAAAGAGAGUUAAGAAAUUGCAGUUUGAAGAGAAUGGCCUACACGCAAGCUUUCUUGCAGUUCAAUGCCCUAACUUCUCCUCUUAGAGUUAGGCCACAGUGGGGAGUGGGGACCACCAAAGCAAAGCACAUUGUGUGCAAGGCAGAGAAGGAUGAUGUGGAAGAGGGUGCAGCCACCACCCUUAGUCAUGUCUCUCGCCGAUUGGCCCUCGGCACUGCCCUCAUCGGCGGUGCCGCUGCUGCUGGUGGCUCCAAGGUCUCACCUGCUGAUGCUGCUGAUGCACAACUCUCUUUCCAGGAACCUGGUGCAAUUACCACAUUACCAGCAAUAAUUUCCGAGGAAUAUCCUGCAUCUGUUAUCGAUGCUCUUUCUCUCAAUCGAAACAGUUUUCCCAAGGGCUUCAUUUUCGGGACAGCAUCCGCGGCCUACCAGUACGAAGGAGCGGCGUCUGAAGGUGGAAGAAAACCUAGUAUAUGGGAUGUAUUCACUCACAAGUAUCCAGAGAAGAUAAGGGAUAGAAGUAAUGGAGAUGUAGCAAUUGAUGAAUACCACCGUUACAAGGAAGAUAUUAAGAUAAUGAAGGAUAUGAAUCUGGAUGCAUACAGAUUAUCCAUCUCAUGGUCUAGAAUAAUACCAAAUGGAAAGGUCGGUGAAAACGAGGAGGGUGUAAAUCAAGAAGGAAUCGCUUAUUACAAUCGCCUCAUUGAUCAUCUCAUAGCCAACGGUCUAAAACCAUACGUGACACUUUUUCACUGGGAUCUUCCCCAAGCUUUAGAAGAGGAGUAUGGAGGUUUUUUAUCCCAUAAUGUUGUGAGUGAUUUUCGAGACUACGCAGGAAUUUGUUUCAAAUACUUGGGAGACAGGGUGAAACAUUGGAUUACCCUAAAUGAACCAUGGUCUUAUAGUAAUAAUGGCUAUGCAGUUGGAACCUUUGCACCAGGUCGAUGCUCUGAAUGGCAAGAUUCAACUUGUCUCGGAGGUGAUUCAGGAACAGAACCAUAUAUAGUUACACAUAAUUUACUACUUGCUCAUGCAGCUGCUGUAGAUCUGUACAGGAAAGAGUUCCAGGAAUAUCAAGAAGGAGUGAUAGGCAUAACACUUAUUUCUCGUUGGUUUGAGCCAUAUUCAGAAACUGAAUCAGAUAAAGAUGCUGCUAAACGUGCACUUGACUUCAUGUUUGGGUGGUACAUGGAACCAUUGACAUCAGGAAAGUAUCCAGAGAGCAUGCGUUUUCUAGUUGGUAAUCGAUUACCAGAGUUCUCAAAAAAAGAAUCAAAACUUCUUGCCGAAUCAUUUGAUUUUAUUGGAAUAAACUAUUACACCACUCUUUGCGUUGCGGAUGAACCCCAUGUUGAUCCUUCUAAACUUAGUUAUACUACAGAUCCUCAUGUCCGUUAUUCAACUGAACGCAAUGGUAUUCUCAUAGGUCAACCGACCGCUUCUGAUUGGCUAUAUGUUUGUCCGAAAGGAAUCAAAAAGUUGUUGCUCUAUACCAAAGAACAGUACAACGAUCCUGUGAUUUAUAUAACUGAAAAUGGAAGAGGCAAUGACGUCAGUCAAGACAAGGAGACACUUGAGGAAUCUCUUAUAGAUAUUUAUAGAAUCGAUUUUUAUUAUCGUCAUCUGUAUUAUCUACUUUCAGCAAUAAGGGACGGCCAUGUAAAUGUAAAAGGAUAUUUUGCGUGGUCACUUUUGGACAAUUUUGAAUGGAGAGAUGGCUAUUUAAUAGGAUUUGGACUGAAUUAUGUGGACAGACAAAAUCAGAAGCGAUAUCCCAAACUUUCAGCAAACUGGUUUAAGAGUUUUCUUCAGAAAAAGUUGAGAUAAUUGCAACGCACAUCUGUUACAAUAGUUUGGGAGAUAAUCUCUUAUGUAAUGUUGCCUAUUAAUAAAUUUCAGUGAAGAGUGAAGUGUGUCAGCUGUUAAUCUUUUUAUUGAUGUAAUGUUUUUUUUGUUAGUGAAAUGUGGCUUUGCUUGUUUUUUAUUUUAGAAGAAAACAUAUUUGUUUAAUUUUUUAUUUGUCAUAUUGGCUUAUUAUCAGUUGUAUUUUUCUUUCACAAAAAAAAAUUAUAUUAACUGCA